AUGGGCGUUAUCGAGCCUCUGCUUGACAAACUCAGCACUGCUGAGGCGAAGAGCCUGCUGGCCUGCCUGCACCAAGACGACAUUGGAGGGUACGGUCUCAUGAGUAUGUGGAAGAAGUAUGCCAAGACUGUGCAUUGCAAGGCUCAUUGCGAAGCUGCCAUGGCUAUCUGGCUGCGAGAGGAGGGCUUCAUGUCGACCCCGCUUAGCGAUCCCAUCUUCGCUGUCUCCAGGGAGUGCUGCAUGGUGUGCCGCCUCAUCGCUCGUGAGCUCAUGGCAAGCCGACACAAGGACGACAACGGCGUCCGUUUCGACCGAGUCCUGCUCCCCGAGCACAUUGCCAUUAUGCCGGUGGCGCUGCCCAAGCACUGUCCCCUGGAUGUGGCCGAGAAAGUCUUGGAGGAGGUGGAGGCACGUGUCGUUGCCUUAAUCAAGGCCUCUUCUGUCUCCAAGCUCUGA